UAUGACUAGGCGCAAAUAGGAAGGGCGGAUUUCUUUCACGUAUCGAUGUCCUCACGUCUCAAGCCGGCCAGCUUACGAGCGCCAGUGACUGCACUUGCGACCAGCUGGAAUCUAGUUCUAGCCGGCGAAGGGCCAUAUUUGCGCGUGUGGAAGUAUGAACAUCAUACGUCACCUUUACUCGUACAUCCGAUCUUUGAAGCUCAGGCAAUACAUGGCAUUGCUACGAGGACUAUCAACGUGACAGAUGCAGUGUUAGUCGUAUGGGGAGGUCGAGAAAUACGAGUGUUGCAUCUCAAGCAUGAAGUCAACGCAACCGCGCCUGACGAACUCAGCAUAUCGAUCGUCGCCUCUGCUACCGCUCCGGACUGGAUACUAGACCUUACUCUAGCUUGUGGAAAGGAGCAUUCGGAAGGGACCACUCAAGUUGUGUUACUAACAGCUCACAAUGCUCUGCUCACCUUGGACGUUAACUUCAAUCCUGCAAGCCAGCAUCAGGUAACACCCUUGCGACAAAUCACAACAGGAUCGCGUUGCAUACUGUAUGCAGCACACAUCUUACGGACUGGUGACGACUGUUUUCUUGUUGCGUCGGGCACAGCUUUUGGCGAGAUCAUUGUAUGGUCAGUGGAGUCUAUCAGUAGCGAAGAUGUUACCGUCAGGCUAUGCCAUGUGUUCACAGGGCAUGAAGGCUCAAUAUUUGGCGUUCAAAUAUCACAUGAACUGAGCCUUAACCCCAAGAUAUCCCCUCAGAGAUUAUUGGCGAGUUGUAGCGAUGACCGUACCAUUCGCAUCUGGAAUUUGUCGGGCAUUGGGGACAAGGCAAUAUCCAACGACCCUUCAAGAACUCUCGACGCGUUGCGCGAUAGAGAGACUGGAUUUGGGGCUAACAUUGAGGACAUAAAUGCCGUUCCUGAUGACCGGAAUCGAUGCAUAGCGACGGCUUUUGGUCAUCUUUCGCGAAUUUGGCUCGUGCGAUUCCUCGACCACCGUAGUUCCAACUCGCAAAGUAGGAUCCGGCUUAUAUCGGCAGGGGAAGAUGCGAGUUGCCAAUUAUGGCAGCUGGAAGCCAAGAGUAUAGAAGGCAAAUACGCUGCCGUACUUGAGCAUCUUAGUACUUCUAGGCUUCAUAGCGGCAAGAACAUCUGGUCUAUCUCUGUCCUGGAGACUAAAAUGAUAUCUGGUUCGAGGGACAGCAACAAUGUCAUAGUUAUUAGCGGGGGUGCUGAUGCUGCUGUUGUUAGCAGAUCCUUUCAAGCUACUGAGUCGCUAUCUGAGGUCGAAGAAGUGCUUACCGAGUCGGUAAAGCCUUCUGCCAUUCUCGACGAAGAGUGGACUGUGCCGCAAGCAUUAAUUGCAGCAAACUCAUGUUCCGAGAGUCGCCAAAGAUCUCCCGAGCAACAUAAUCCUGCAUCGUUCUUCCGGGCGUACUCAUUCAUCAGUGAGAACGAGGUCUUGGCUACGACAAGCAAGGGACAUAUUCUCAAGGCAAGCAUUGAGCCUGGUAAGUCUCUGAGAUGGAGUCUACUUCAGCAACUACAUGACCUUGAGAAGUUCGCGCUAUGUACCUCGUCUAUCACGGCACAGAUGGCUUUUAUUGCCUCUGGCAGUGGACAGAUUUACUGCUUCCAGAAUCAGACUGCCUUGUUGACACCGUUGGUCAGAGUAGAUGGCAAAGUCGCCGCGAUAUUCGCGCGAGACAAUGCGUUUGAUGUCGAGACCGCACCACGGGAGAUUAGUCUGCUCAUAACCACAGUUGGCACCACAUUCGCGCGCCGUCUGGUUGUCGACGUGCCGAGCACGAAUGCGAGCCCAGUUGUUACCAAGGCAGAUCGUAUCACUUUGGAGCAGGGCUUCACUGUGACCGCGUACGUACACGAAUCCCCAGAGGAUUCAAAUGAUGGAAGAUUCAUACUUGGAAGCCGGGAAGGCGCAAUUUCGCUAUGGGAUCUGAACCUUGAGUCAAGUCACGCGACACUGACGAUGCGGCAUGUUCAUAGGAAUGAAUCGGUGACAGCAUUGGAAUGGGCUUCAGAGUCUGAAGGGAAUCUCCUCUUUUCAGUCGGACGCGAUGGUACAUGUUGUGUACACCGAAUUGAUUUCUUCCGCAGGACUUUCGUCACUGUACAUAGGUCAAAUCUACCAUUUGGACCAAACAUCGAGGGGUUGAGCCUAGACAAAACGACCGGCGACGUGAUUGCAUAUGGCUUUCAUGGGAAGAAGUUCACCGCUCAGUCUCUGAAUGAUGAACAAGAACUGAUCACUAUCGAAUGUGGUGGUGCUCAUCGCUUAUGGGCUUAUAAUUCGCCGAGAAAUAUAGACACUUCCAACUCUGGUGGAACAUUGAUCUGGACGAAAGCCUCAAAACUUCGCAUAUGUGCAAAACCUCGAGCUUCAUACAAAGAAUUGCAGCAUGGAGGACAUGGACGAGAAAUCAAGGCUUGUGAUGUCUUCAGUCACGGAUCUAGUAAACUCAUUGCAACCGGUGCAGAAGACACCGACAUUAAGCUAUUCAUACCGACGCAGGGAGGCGAAGCAAAACACUUGGUGGGCUUCAAAUGCAUUCGCACGGUCCGGAAGCAUGUUACUGGCAUCCAGAAUCUGAAGUGGUCCAAAGACGGCUCCUUUCUAUUCAGUAGUGGCGGAUGUGAAGAGUUCUUCGUAUGGCGCUUCCACAAUGUGGACGUUCUACGCAUCGGUGUCGUCUGUGAGGCUGUAUGCCCUACCAUCAGCGAUGUAUCGGACUUACGCAUCACGGACUUCGAUAUCCUAGAGGGACACAGUGACGAGGAUGCUGAGUCGUACAAGUUCACAAUCGCUAUGACGUUCUCUGAUUCCACGAUCCGAAUCUACGACUACACCUCAACUACAGCGUCCAAGAAAUUCGCUCUUCAGAGCACUGGCACAUACACCACGGCAUGCCUGACCAAAAUCGCAUUUCUGUCCCCAACCACCUUUGUCACAGCCAGCACGAACGGACACAUUGCAUACUGGACGCUGUGCAAUACCGUUCCGAGCGACGCCCCACCCGCUCUAGUCUAUUCUACUCAUCAUCGCAUUCACCAAUCGACCAUCAAAUCGCUCGCGCACAUAGCUUUGACCGAUGGCACAUCGCUCAUCGUCACUACAGGCGAUGAUAAUGCAUUAGGCUUGACCCUGUGCUCUUGGAGCGCAACUACCGAGAUACCGUCUUUCUCAACACUCCUUAUUCCCCGUGCUCAUGCUGCUGCGAUCAACGAUUGUGCAUUGCUGGACUCCCAAUCCGGCGUCUUCGCUGUGACGGUCUCGAAUGACCAGAGGUUGAAAAUGUGGAGCAUCAAGGUAGAUCUAGAUAAGAAGGGGACCGACAGAUUGGAUGCAUGUCUGGUUGAAGAUGUGCCCAGCGCUGUGGCGGAUGCGAGUAGUCUCUGUGUGUAUCCAGAUUCAGGAGAACUUCAACAAGAAGGCGUAUUGCUGAGAGUACUAGUAUGCGGCGUGGGUAUGGAGGAAUGGAAGUUCAAUACGGUUUGAUACCACUAGGCGAUGCAAAAAGUGCUUAAUAAUAGAACAGAUCUGGUAUUGCGCCUCUGAUCGCGUGAACCUGGAUUUUUUAUCUAUUAUGAGGUGUAGAUAAUA